GUUGCGGACUGCAGUUUAAACGAGCCACCAUACAGAACGGGCCGGGCCAUCGUACGUACAAGUGCUUCAUAAGAAAAAAAAAAAGAAAAUCGAAGAAAAUUAGUAUUUUAAUUUUAUUUGUGUGAAAAAACUUUAGUUUUUUAACGUUUUCUGUUCUGUGCGUGUUUUAUGAGAACCAACAUCACGGAUUUACCAAUCAAAAGAAGAAGAAAAAAAAAGAACAAACCAAAACGAUUCGGAAUAGGAACUUUUUAGAAUGAACGAUUGAACGAAAAAAAAGAGAAACUCUUCUAACUAAUUUUUGUUGUGUGUGCUACAGGAUUCAGAAACAGUUUUGUCAAAGUUCGAACAUAAAGAAAUCCGUUUCCAAGUGAACCAUUUGGGAUAUAAACAAGUGCAAAAGUUGUGAAAAUACGAAGAAGUAAAACGAAAUCUUUGAAGUUGAACGUAUUUUUUGUUCGGUGCGAAUCGAGAGAGAGAGAGAGAGAGAGCGAACGAGAGUUGUGUGCGUGUGUUGUUGUUGUUGCUCUCCGAAUUUCGGAGUCGCCGUGUUAAGUGACAGAGUGAGCUCGUGUUUGUAUUCAACAUCAUCGUCAUCAUCGUGCGCGUUGUGUUGUCAUUCACUACCACAACAAAGCCCAGUGCCGUCAUUAAAUAUAAAAAUACACACAACGCGACAAGGAAAAGUCUUUACGUGCGUCGUGCUCGCAAACGACGUUUAUAGUGUGAAUAUAUAUAUUCUCGCGUAAGGAAUUCAUUUGACCCACCCAAAACUUUUUGUGUGCGCGCGUGCGACCAUACCGCACACACUUCAUAUCGCAAAUAACAAUCAUUUCACCGAAAGAAAAAGGAAAUUUAUUUAUACGGAUAAAUUGAUAUUUUCGGAUUUAGUUGCUGAAAUUCAUUUUUUGACAUCGUACGUCUAAGUUUUAACUGUGGCCGUUGAAGCGUAGCGUCAUUUUGAUUUGAUUGUCGACUACGAAAAGACGGCGUCCAUUCACCAUGACGCCUCAAACAUAGUUGAAAUUCAACUCCAGCAAUAUUCAUGUACCACAUGGCGGUCAUGAGAAAAAUUGUUGGCCACUGGAUUGUUUCGAGUCCCAGUUGUUGUCGUGAAACUACUGUGACUAAAUUUGCCGCGAUCCUGAUUCCUAUUCGAACGACAGUUAGCUCGUGGGGCCCGAGCCAGCCGUUGUUCCCACACUUAAGUGGAGGCCUGCUUCGUGCCCCUUCAAUACAUCAUUGUUAGCAGGCCUUGGUUUGAAUAAGGCACUUUAUUCAUUGGGUUGGUUAUAGAAAAUGAUAGACGAUUUAAGUUCGAUAUCCGAGGAAGAACGCUGCUUGUUCCGUCCCUUCACCCGCGAAUCAUUAGUCGUAAUCCAAGGUCGUAUUGCUGAGGAACAACGUAAACUAAAAGAGUUGGAAAGGAAAAGAGCCGAAGGAGAGAUCCGAUAUGAUGACGACGAUGAAGAUGAAGGCCCACAACCGGAUCCUACUCUCGAACAGGGUGCACCAAUACCUGUUCGAUUGCAGGCCUCAUUUCCACCGGAACUGGCCUCCACUCCGCUCGAGGAUAUCGACAAUUAUUAUUCGAAUCAACUGACAUUCGUAGUUGUUAGCAAAGGAAAGGAUAUUUUUCGCUUUUCCGCAACAAAAGCAAUGUGGUUACUUGACCCGUUUAAUCCAAUUCGUCGUGUAGCUAUUUAUGUUUUAGUACAUCAAUUCUUUUCACUUUUCAUCAUCCUUACUAUUCUCACAAAUUGUGUAUUAAUGAUAAUGCCGACAACACCAAACGUCGAAUCAACCGAGGUGGUGUUCACCGGAAUCUAUACUUUUGAAUCAGCUGUUAAAGUGAUGGCUCGCGGUUUCAUUUUGUCUCCGUUCACGUAUCUUCGUGAUGCGUGGAAUUGGCUGGAUUUCGUAGUAAUAACAUUAGCCUAUGUGACAAUGGGAAUCGAUUUGGGUAAUUUAGCGGCGUUGCGUACAUUUCGUGUAUUGCGUGCCUUGAAAACCGUAGCCAUUGUACCGGGUUUGAAGACCAUCGUUGGUGCUGUUAUUGAAUCGGUAAAAAAUCUGCGCGAUGUGAUAAUUUUAACGAUGUUCUCGUUGUCGAUAUUCGCUUUGAUGGGCCUGCAAAUUUACAUGGGCGUGCUAACGCAAAAAUGCAUACGCAAGUUUCCAUUGGACGGCUCAUGGGGCAAUUUAACCGAUGAAAAUUGGGAAAGUUUUAUGAAAAAUGACACGAACUGGUUCAAAGAAGAAGGUGCACUGGAAUAUCCAUUAUGCGGUAAUUCAUCGGGUGCAGGCACGUGCCCGGAAGGCUAUUUUUGCAUUCAAGGCUAUGGGAAAAAUCCAAAUUAUGGCUACACCAGUUUCGAUACGUUCGGUUGGGCGUUUUUAUCCGCUUUUCGUCUGAUGACACAAGAUUACUGGGAAAAUUUGUACCAAUUAGUCUUAAGAUCUGCCGGACCCUGGCACAUGCUUUUCUUCAUUGUUAUCAUAUUUCUUGGUUCAUUCUAUCUUGUGAAUUUGAUCUUGGCCAUUGUCGCCAUGUCAUACGAUGAACUCCAAAAGAAAGCCGAAGAAGAAGAAGCCGCUGAAGAGGAGGCGCUCAGAGAAGCUGAACAGGCGGCUGCAAAUAAACAGGCCAAAAUCGAGGCGCAUGCAGCAGCCGCAGCAGCGGCAGCACAAGCGGCAGUUGAUGCGGCGAAUCAACCGGAAAUGGCGAAAAGUCCAUCCGAUUUUUCAUGUCAUAGUUAUGAGCUGUUUGUCGGACAGGAGAAGGGCAAUGAUGACAACAACAAGGAGAAAAUGUCAAUCCGUAGCGAAGGAUUGGAGUCGGUGAGCGAAAUGCAAAGACCAACUGCACCAUCAACCGGCACGAUGGCGUCUAAGGUUCGCAAAGUCAGCACGACAUCGCUGUCUUUACCCGGUUCACCGUUCAAUAUUCGAAGAGGUUCACGUGGUUCGCACCAGUUCACGAUUCGAAAUGGGCGCGGCCGUUUCGGAAUACCAGGUAACGAUCGUAAACCAUUGGUAUUGUCGACGUAUUUGGAUGCACAGGAGCAUUUACCGUAUGCAGAUGACUCAAAUGCCGUAACUCCAAUGUCCGAAGAAAACGGGGCCAUCAUCGUUCCAGUUUAUUACACAAAUAUGGGUAUUUUAGGAUCAAGACAUUCAUCAUAUACAUCACAUCAGUCUCGCAUAUCAUACACAUCGCACGGUGAUUUAAUAGGAACUAAAGAACAAAAACUUAGACAUAGAUCACGAAAUCAAUCAAUAGUUAUGCAGCAGCCGGGCACCGGUGCCCAAUGCACCGACAUUAAUCACAAAAGCCAUCGAGAUUACGAUCAUGGAUCGGACUAUACUGAUGAGGCUGGUAAAAUAAAACAUAGUAACGACAAUCCGUUUAUUGAACCCGUCCAUGGGCAAACUGUUGUGGAUAUGAAAGAUGUGAUGGUUUUGAAUGACAUCAUCGAACAAGCUGCCGGUAGACAAAGUCAUGCUAGUGAUCAUGGUGUUUCUGUCUACUAUUUUCCAACAGAAGAUGAUGACGACGACGAAGACGGUCCAACGAUGAGAGAAAAACUUUUCGAAUUUGGAAUGCGAAUGAUUGAUUUGUUUUGUGUAUGGGAUUGUUGUGAACCGUGGCUGAAAUUCCAAAGUUGGAUUUCAUUGAUAGUAUUCGAUCCGUUCGUAGAAUUAUUUAUCACAUUGUGUAUCGUUGUGAACACACUGUUCAUGGCACUUGAUCAUCACGAUAUGGACCGCGAAAUGGAGAAAAUCCUUAAAAGUGGCAACUAUUUUUUUACGGCAACAUUUGCCAUCGAAGCAACGAUGAAACUCUGCGCGAUGAGUCCAAAAUUCUAUUUCCAAGUCGGUUGGAAUAUAUUCGAUUUUAUAAUUGUUGCAUUGUCAUUAGUUGAGCUCGGAUUAGAAGGUGUCCAAGGAUUGUCUGUGUUACGAUCGUUCCGUUUGCUUCGAGUUUUCAAAUUGGCUAAGUCGUGGCCAACAUUGAAUUUAUUGAUUUCGAUUAUGGGCCGAACGAUGGGCGCUUUAGGUAAUUUGACCUUUGUAUUGUGCAUUAUUAUCUUCAUAUUUGCCGUUAUGGGAAUGCAACUGUUUGGAAAAAACUAUGUCGAUCGUGUGUUUUUGUUCCCGGAUGGCGAAAUGCCGCGAUGGAACUUCACGGAUUUCAUGCAUUCAUUUAUGAUCGUGUUUCGUGUACUGUGCGGAGAAUGGAUCGAAUCAAUGUGGGAUUGUAUGUUAGUCGGUGACGUAUCAUGUAUCCCAUUUUUCCUAGCCACCGUUGUCAUUGGCAAUUUAGUCGUUUUGAAUCUUUUCUUGGCCUUGCUUUUGAGUAAUUUCGGUUCAUCGAGUUUAUCAGCGCCAGCUGCCGAUCAAGAUACAAACAAAAUUGCUGAAGCGUUUGAUCGUAUCGGACGCUUUAAGGGUUGGGUCAAGCGAUCCAUUUUAAAUGCACUAAAAUACGUAAAAAAUAAACUAACGAAUCAAAUCAGUGAUCAGCCACCAGGCAAGGGGAUAUGUGGUUGUAUGUCAACAGAACAUGGUGAUAAUGAACUCGAGUUAGGACCCGACGACAUCCUGGUGGACGGUCUCAUCAAAAAAGGUAUCAAGAACCAAGGCGAACUGGAAGUGGCCAUCGGCGAUGGCAUGGAAUUCACCAUCCACGGCGAUCUCAAAUCGAAAAAUAAAAAGACGAAAACACUUCUGAACAAUGCCAAGAUGAUUGGAAACUCGAUAAAUCAUCAUGACAAUAGAUUAGUUCAUGAAUUAAAUCAUAGAGGUAUGUCCUUGCAGGACGACGAUACGGCUAGCAUAAAAUCAUACGGUAGCCAUAAAAACCGUAUGUUCAAAGAUGAAAGUCACAAAGGUAGCGCUGAAACGUUGGACGGCGAGGAGAAGCGCGACGCAAGCAAAGAAGAGCGCAUGGAUAUGGAACGAGAUUUAGAUGACGAAGUCGAAGGCGAAGAGAGUCUCGGUGAAGAUAUACUGGUGAUACACGCAGAUGAAGAUGAGAUUAUCGAAGAGGGACCUAUUGACUGCUUACCAGAAGCAUGUUACAAGAAAUUCCCAAUUUUUGCCGGCGAUGAAGAUUCGCCAUUCUGGCAAGGAUGGGGCAAUUUACGUCUGAAAACGUUUCGUUUAAUCGAAAACAAAUAUUUCGAAACCGCUGUCAUCACAAUGAUUUUGCUCAGUAGUUUAGCUCUGGCUCUCGAAGAUGUUCAUCUACCUCAUCGACCGGUUCUGCAAGACAUUCUGUAUUAUAUGGACCGUAUAUUCACCGUGAUUUUCUUCUUGGAGAUGUUAAUCAAGUGGGUUGCUCUGGGUUUCAAAGCAUAUUUCAACAAUGCCUGGUGCUGGCUUGAUUUCGUCAUUGUAAUGGUGUCGUUAAUCAACUUUGUUGCUUCACUUUGUGGAGCUGGAGGCAUUCAAGCGUUCAAAACCAUGCGAACGCUUCGAGCUCUGAGACCGCUACGUGCCAUGUCCCGUAUGCAGGGCAUGAGGGUUGUCGUGAACGCACUAGUGCAAGCUAUACCGUCCAUCUUCAAUGUAUUGUUGGUGUGUUUAAUCUUUUGGCUUAUUUUCGCUAUUAUGGGUGUUCAGCUUUUUGCCGGAAAAUAUUUCAAGUGUGUUGAUUCUAAUAAAACUACAUUAAGUCACGAGAUCAUCCCAGAUCGAAAUACAUGCGAGGCUGAAAAUUAUACGUGGGAAAAUUCGCGAAUGAAUUUUGACCACGUGGGCAAAGCGUAUCUGUGUCUAUUUCAAGUGGCUACAUUCAAAGGAUGGAUUCAAAUCAUGAACGAUGCCAUCGAUUCACGUGAUAUUGAUAAGCAGCCGAUUCGUGAAACCAACAUUUAUAUGUACUUGUAUUUUGUAUUCUUCAUCAUAUUCGGAUCAUUCUUUACGCUGAAUCUAUUCAUUGGUGUGAUUAUCGAUAAUUUUAACGAGCAAAAGAAGAAAGCGGGCGGUUCAUUGGAAAUGUUCAUGACUGAGGAUCAGAAGAAAUAUUACAAUGCAAUGAAGAAAAUGGGUUCAAAGAAACCAAUGAAAGCGAUACCAAGGCCUAGGUGGCGACCGCAAGCAAUAGUGUUCGAAAUAGUUACCGACAAAAAAUUCGAUAUGGUCAUUAUGUUGUUCAUCGGUUUUAAUAUGCUGACCAUGACAAUGGAUCAUUACCAACAGACAGCAGAAUUUAGCAUGGUUUUAGACUAUUUAAAUAUGAUAUUUAUUUGUAUAUUCACCAGUGAAUGCUUAUUGAAAAUCUUCGCACUUCGAUACCAUUAUUUUGUGGAGCCGUGGAAUUUCUUUGAUUUAAUUGUAGUUACAUUGUCCAUUUUAAGUCUUGCACUAAGCGAAUUCAUCGAAAAAUAUUUUGUAUCGCCAACAUUAUUGCGUGUAGUACGUGUAGCUAAAGUAGGUCGUGUUUUACGUUUGGUUAAAGGUGCUAAAGGUAUCCGUACGCUGCUGUUUGCCUUGGCAAUGUCGCUGCCAGCCUUAUUUAAUAUAUGUCUGCUACUAUUUCUCGUGAUGUUUAUUUUCGCCAUAUUCGGCAUGUCAUUUUUUAUGCAUGUCAAAGAAAGAAGCGGUAUAGACGAUGUAUAUAAUUUUCAAACGUUCGCGCAGAGCAUGAUCCUUUUGUUUCAAAUGUCUACCUCAGCUGGAUGGGAUGGUGUGCUGGAUGGUAUAAUGAACGAGGAAGACUGUAAUCCGCCGGAUAAUGAUCGUGGCUAUAUGGGAAAUUGCGGUUCAUCGACAAUCGGUAUCACAUUUUUGCUGUCGUAUCUGGUGAUCAGUUUCUUGAUUGUCAUCAACAUGUACAUUGCCGUCAUUUUGGAGAACUAUUCGCAAGCCACCGAAGAUGUGCAGGAGGGUUUAACCGACGACGAUUAUGAUAUGUACUAUGAAAUUUGGCAACAAUUCGAUCCGGAGGGUACACAAUACAUUCGCUACGAUCAGCUGUCCGAUUUUCUUGAUGUGCUUGAGCCACCAUUACAAAUUCAUAAGCCGAACAAAUACAAAAUCAUCUCGAUGGAUAUUCCAAUCUGUCGUGGGGAUUUGAUGUUUUGCGUGGAUAUUUUGGACGCGUUGACCAAGGAUUUCUUUGCACGCAAAGGUAAUCCGAUUGAAGAAAGCGGAGAACUUGGCGAAAUUGCGGCGCGGCCGGAAGAAGAAGGCUACGAACCUGUUUCGUCUACUCUCUGGCGUCAACGCGAAGAAUACUGUGCUCGGCUAAUUCAAAAUGCGUGGCGCAAGCACAAACUACACAAAGAAACACCCUAUGCAACGGGUGACGAAACUGAUGGGGAUCAAAAUAAUGCUGAUGGACCGAGCGGAGGAGGAGCGGGAGGAGCAAGAGGGCCAGGAGGACCAGCAGGAGGAGGUGGAAACAAUGGAGCUGGUGGCAAUGAUGCCAAUACGCACUCCAAUACAAACAAUAACCAUGAUCACAGUGAUGGUAACAAUACGAACGGCGGUGCGGCGGCUAGCGAAGCAAAACCGGAGCCCGAACACACUGAAACCAGUGGUGGUGGUGACGAUGGCAAUGAAUCACCGUCAAAGGACAAAGAUGGCGAUAAUGGUAGCCAAGGACGGCAGACUGCCGUUCUCGUGGAAAGCGAUGGCUUUGUUACGAAAAACGGCCAUCGCGUUGUAAUACAACACUCCCGUUCACCCAGCACAACAUCACGAUUGGCCGACGUCUGAGAAUUGUUCGCCUCACCUCUUAACGAUGCACGACAGAAAUGAACAUCAAGUACUUUACAACUAAACCAAAUUUGCUUUUUUUCUCUUCUCUUCGCCAUUUUUCUUGAGGGGCAUCAACAAAGUCUCUCUUAAAACGCAAUAAAUUUGUCUUGGCCGUGCAAGAAAAAAAACAACGAACGAACACAUGACGUUUAUAUGCGGGCCAGACGCGACCAAUCUAGCACAAAAUCAAAAUCUCAAUUUCACUGUAAAGUUCAAAUACAAGACCAAGUGCAAUGCCACACAACCACAAAUCAAAUAUGCGAUUCUGGCGGCUGCGUUGCACUUUAUGAACCGGAAAAAUACCGAAUUAAGAGAAACAAAAGCAAACUCAAUUAAAAAAUAUAUAUAAAAAAGAUGAGAGAGGAUGCAAUCGUAAACGAGAGUAACAUGCACCAAUAUUCCGAAUGUGGAUUUUGGUCAUGGGAUUAGAUGAACAAAUGGCGGAUAUAUCAGAGUGUUUGAACAAAGUGAGUCAACUUAAGAAACCAAAAUGCACUCAAAAAAGCCGACUGCCAUUUAAAAUUACAAAACAAACAAAAAAAACGAAACUUACGUCAUAAACAAUCUAGUGUAAAAUUUGGAGCCGUAUAAUGAUUACUCCGAUUAAAACGUAUUGAAGAUGUGACACACACACACAACUGCAUGACAUCUCUAGCACUGGAGCGAUAAAGAGACAUUGCAAUGAACAAAUCUAAAACAACAAAUCUCCUUACCUUUUGGCCAGUUAUCGUUGCCACAUUAGGAGCAUAAGAAAUAAAAUUUCACCUAAAAAGCUAAAAUUGACUGCCCACGACGGCUCAAUAAAACUAGUAAUAACAACACACACAUAAAUAAAUGAUAUCAGUAACACCACAUAAGUGACAAAGACACUUUCUACGAUACAAGUGAAACGGACACAUACAAAACAACAACCAAGUUUUAAAAAGAGUUUCGAUGGUCAAUUUUGAGUUUUAUUUUUCUUUUUAUUUUUUGCAAAUCAAUUAUCCCGGAAAAUCGUUGGGAUCGCUCAACACCAAGCGCUUUUUGCUAAAAAAAUAAAAUGUGAAGUGUACUAGCAUAAUUAAACGUCAAUAACUAAACCAAACACGCGCAAAUAAAUCGUGGUCACUACCAGGCACAUAAUUAUUAAAAAACAACCAACGUUUUUCUUCAACAAAAAUAAAAGUUUAAAAAAAAUAACAUCGAUCGUGCAUAGAUUUUAAUCCAAUCUCACAAAAACCUACUCAAUCACAUUCAUUCAUUAUAAUUCAAAACCAAAGAUAUUAAAUGAUUAUUCUGCGCAAAAGAAAGCGAUAAACUAGAGCCACAAA